CGAAGAAGAAGAAAGUUGUUUCCGCCGGUUUCCGGUGACGCCACUUCCUUUCUGUUCGAGCCAACCUCGAAGUGAACACGCGUUCUCCUGCCUAGCCCAAGAUGCGUUACGUUGCUGCUUACCUGCUGGCUGCCCUGGGUGGCAAUGAAAACCCAGACACCAAAGACAUCAAGAAGAUCCUGGAUAGUGUCGGCAUCGAGGCUGAAGACGCAAAYAUGUCAAAGGUCAUCUCUGAGCURAAAGGCAAGAAUGUGAAUGAGGUCAUUGCCAGCGGUUACGGUAAACUGGCCAGCAUGCCAGCAGGAGGCGCUGUAGCUGUUGCCAGCUCUGCAGCUGGUGGCGCAGGUGGAGCUGCAGCUCCUGCGGCAGCUGCUGCUGAGGAGAAGAAA